CGACCGGAUCACAGGUUCACGAGAGGAGGUGGGCAGAAACAAACCACUACAAAAACACAUAUACAGUUUCUGUUGUUGUACACAAACAGGCCUACAUCCCUACAAUAAUUAGGGCGUACUCAGCCACUUGCAUAUUUCAGAGAAAAUUGGUUACGUUAUCCAAUUUGUAACCAUAAAAUUUUAUGUGUGUGUGUGUAGGCAUGGAAGCUGAACUCAUACAAGCUUUGCAACCUUUGACUCCCGUGGCCAUGUUUUUGUUCAUCGCCCCAAUAAUAACACUAUUUGUGUUGGCUCUACAUUUCCAGUUAAGGAGAAGGUUACCAUUGCCGCCAGGACCAAAAGGGUUGCCGAUGAUCGGCAACAUGCUGACGACGCCAGUGACGGACCUAACACACCAGGGACUCACCAAACUCGCUAAAGAAUACGGCGGUAUCUUUCAUCUCCGAAUGGGGUUUCAGCACGUGAUAGUUGUUUCGUCACCAGAAAUGGCCCGUCAAGUUCUUCAAGUUCACGACGACGUUUUCUCAAACCGUCCGGCCAACAUAGCAACAUCGUAUCUCACCUACAAUCGAGCCGAUCUCGUUUUCGCAAACUACGGCCCAUUCUGGCGCCAAAUGCGAAAGCUCUGCGUUAUGAAGCUGUUCAGCCGCAGACGAGCCGAGUCUUGGGACUCGGUCCGAGAGCAAGUCGACUUGGUGGUGAGAAUGGUAUCUGCUAACACUGGCAGUGCAGUCAAUGUCGGAGAGUUGAUAUUUUGUCUGACGACAGGUAUUAUUUACAAGGCGGCUUUCGGAACAAGUGCCAUGGAAGGACAGGAAGAGUUCGUUCAGAUACUGCAGGAGUUCUCAAAACUCUAUGGAGUUUUCAACAUCGCCGACUUUAUUCCGUGGCUGAGAUGGAUAGACCCGCAGAGACUCAACGGUAGACUCGCCAAGGCUCGUCGGUCGUUGGAUUGUUUCAUCGACAAGAUCAUCGACGAUCACAUGCUAAAGAAGGAAGAUGAUAGGGUCAACGUCCACGGUGGUGAGGCAGAUCAUCGUGAUAUGGUGGACAGUUUGCUUGCUUUUUAUUCUCGUGAAGGUAUUAAUAAUGCAAAACGAGUAAAGGAUUAUUCUGUUGACGGUUUGCAAAACUCCAUCAAACUCACCAAAGAUAACAUCAAAGCCAUCAUCAUGGAUGUGAUGUUUGGUGGGACAGAAACUGUAGCAUCGGUUAUUGAGUGGACAAUAUCAGAGCUUAUGAGAAGCCCAGAUGAGCUAAAGAAGGUGCAACAAGAGCUUACCGACAUAGUGGGCCUUGAUCGGAGACUUGAAGAGGCUGACUUUGAGAAGCUGACUUACCUGAGAUGUGUUAUCAAAGAGGCUCUCCGACUCCACCCUCCCAUCCCUUUACUCCCCCAUGAGACCUCCGACGACUCUGAGGUCGGCGGUUUCUUCAUUCCUAAGAAAUCUAGAGUAAUGAUCAAUGUAUGGGCAAUUGGGAGGGAUGAUGACUUCUGGGAUGAGGCUGAGAGAUUUAAGCCAUCGAGGUUUCUCAAACAUGGUGUGUCGGACUUCAAGGGAAGCAACUUCGAGUACAUACCGUUCGGGUCGGGCCGGAGGUCUUGUCCCGGAAUGCAACUUGGGCUCUUCACAGUGGAAAUGGCGGUUGGACAUCUCCUCCAUUGUUUUAGGUGGGAGUUGCCGCAGGGGAUGGAACCGAGUGAGCUCGACAUGAACGAUACGUUUGGACUCACUGCUCCCAGGGCGAGUCGACUCGUCGCCGUGCCCACCAAACGUGUGUUUUGUCGUCUGUGA